AUUUGAUAUUUUAUUGUCAUUUUCCUGGAGUUGUCUCUAAUUUCUCUAUCUGAAAGUUAAAUGCAUCGAUUCUAAUCGAGCACACAAAGCCCAGAUGUGACUAUAGUCAAGUGAACGGAACCACCUUCAUGUCGAAUGUUUGACAGUUGAUUUGUUUAUGAAUAUAUGGCGUCACGUUCCUAGUUGCGAUUUCCUCGUUGAAUUGCAAUAAAAAUUGAGAAAAAAAAACCUCGCAUAGCUAUUGUUUGCCGUGAAUUCGUGAAAAAUUGCAACGUUUUUAGGAUUUUGUUCGUAAUGGACAAUUUACCGGCACCGCCAAAAGAUACUGGUUUGCGAAAUAUCAUUGAUAAAUUGGCUGAAUUCGUAGCCCGCAAUGGACCAGAAUUUGAAACGAUUACAAAAGCCAAACAACAAUCGAAUCCACGAUUUAGCUUCCUGUUUGGCGGUGAAUUUUAUCAGUACUAUCAAUGGCGAGUGUCAACGGAACAAGCGAUUUUAAAACAGCAGAAUCAACAGCAGGGUCAAAUGUCACAGGCACCACCAUCAAUGAUGCAAAUGCAACCCAAUUGGAAUAAUCUGCAGGCAUCGGGAAGUGCGAGUGGAACUGGCACUGCAGUUAAUAAUAAUAUUACUAGUCAAAUUGAAGCAAUCAACGCUCAACAACUGACUUUGCAGGAACAAAUACGGCAAUCGGAACUAAAUUUGACUGCACAACACAAUGUGCUAAUGCAGCAGCAACAAAACCAAAUUGAUGAGGCAAUUGAAAAGGCGCAAAAUGAGAAUGUUUUAAAGCAGGCCGAAGAGAACAACCUUCGAUUAAAUGAAUUCGAUACCAUUUUACAACCGAUCAUCGACUCAUGCACCAAGGAUAGCAUCUCAGCAGGGAAAAACUGGAUUUUACAACAUGCAAAUGAUGCGGCUAAAUGCCAUGUGUUAAUGCAAUACCUAUUGAAAAAAGCGCUAAUUAAUGACGUGACUUUCCAACAAAAACUGCAUUUGAUUUAUUUGGUGAACGAUGUUUUGCACCAUUGUGUUCGAAAACAUGCCGAUGACCUAAAAAAUAAUCUGGAAAAUAUUGUCAUUCCGAUGUUUUGUAGUGCUGAAAUAAUUGCGAGCGAGGAUCAAAAGACCAAACUCAUGAAAUUGCUUGCAUUGUGGGAAUCAAAAUCGAAUUUAUUCGAUGCAUGCGUUAUUUCAAAGCUGCAAUCACCAAAUUCUUCCAUGGCUGAGUAUAAAACCAAUCUAAUGAAUACGCAUAUGCCAAUCGUGUCAACUAUUCAGCAACAAACUCAAAAUACAUUCGAAAGCUAUAAACAACAGCAUCAGAUUUUCAUUCAACACGCUGCCCAGCAAAUAGCCAUUCUCGACACGCAAAAAUUAGCACUGAAAGCUCCACAACCGCAGACAUCGGUGCAAAUGUCGCAGCCGCCAAUACAAACAUCAGCUGCUGAUCAAGCGCAACUCUCACUCUUGGCCAACGAAUGCGAUUCCAAUCAAAAUAGUAUAAACGGCAAUGCGAAUAAUUUCAACCGGAAUGACAAUCGAUUGAAUAGCGGACCGCCGCCGCCUCUAAUGAGUCAAAACAUAUCGAUGCCACGAACUGGAAUGAAUCCAAAUUAUAUUUCGUCGCAACAGCAGCAACGAAUGAAUUUCCCUGGUGAAAAUAAUUUUCAGAAUCCGGAGCCUCCUGCAGCUUCGAUGUCAAACAGCGGACAGUCGAUGAAUCACAACGCACAAUCGGGUCAUUUUCAAUUGCCUCCGCCUAAUUUUUUGAUUCCCGAUAUGUCGAAGCCACCACCUGGCUUCAGUGCACCACCACCAAUGGGAAAUAUUCCCGUUACCAUCGAAGAAUGCACACAAUUCAAUGCGACGGAACAACAACCGGUGCCCGUACCAGAAGAUACAAUACCAACAGUACCUUAUUACGAACUGCCAGCCGGUUUGAUUGUACCACUGAUUCGUCUUGAAGAUUGCAGUUACAGGCCACUUGAUCCGGAGGAUAUUCGACUACCAGCACCAAUUCCACCCAGCGAACGUUUACUACAAGCUAUGGAGGCAUUUUAUUCACUUCCUAGCCAUGAUCGACCUCGAGAUGGCGAGGGAUGGGAAAAACUAGGACUCUACGAAUAUUACAAGGUAAAAAAUGCGGCAAAGAAAAUCAAAGAAGAAGAAAUUGAACAAGGAAUCAGAGAGAAAUCAAGGUCUCCAACGCCAAUUUUGCUUGAGCCGGUGAAACCGAAGCGAAUUAAUAAGAGACGUUAUCGUUCGAAAACAAGGAGCAAAAGCCGAAGUCGUAGUCGAUCAAGGUCUCGGUCGCGAUCAAGAUCACGUGAACGGGAACUGCGCGAACGGGAGCAACGUGAACGUGAACGUGAACGCGAAAGAGAAAGAGAAAGAGAAAGAGAAAGAGAGAGAGAACGUCGUUCACGUUCCAAUUCACCUCGACCAUCGAGACGAGGCAACAAUAAUCGUCGACAUCAACGACAGUCACCAAAACGAUCUCCAGCACUCAGACGAAGCCAAACGCCGCCAACUAGUUUUGUCAAUUUCUCGCAAAAAACUUCACAUGAUUGUAUCGAAGAGACCAACAAAGGUCAUCAGUUGCUCAUGAAAAUGGGAUGGGCUGGCUCUGGCCUAGGUGCACAAGGCCAAGGUAUUGAAACGCCGAUUUCUGGUGGCGAAGUGCGUGAUAGACAAGAUCAGUACAAAGGCGUCGGUAUCAGUUUGAAUGAUCCGUAUGAAAACUUUCGAAAAAACAAAGGAGCAGCUUUCAUUCAUCGGAUGCGGUCCAGAGACCACGAUAGAAAAAAAUCAAAAACUCAAUCGAAUGCUGAAGAUGAGGCUACCGACUACUGAAUUCAUGACACAACCAACAGCCGUUACAUUUAUGUCACCAACUGUUGAAAUCCAUUAUUUUAUUAUCUUUAAUUCAUAAUGUUGACGAACACACAAUAUAAUUAUAUUGCAAAAAAAGAAAA